GGCACGGUUUUUGUAAACUAGUUUGUUACAAAUUGAGUAUUUAAUGAAAUGAGAAGUAUUGUACGUUCCGGUGAUGCUGAUGUGAGGACAAAUGGGUGUAAUGGGCACAAUCUGUUUCAAUCUUUCUGCAAUUCUGCUUUGUGUCUCAUUGGUUGUGAGCACGGAUGACAAGAGGCUGGGAGAGGAAAUGUUUCUCAGUCGAUUAGUGGAGCUUUUAACUGGGGAGAUUGAUGAGAACAUGGCUGCACAAGUGGCAGCAAAUGAAAAGAAAGCUGCACAAGUGGCAGCAAAAGGAAAAGAAGGGAGAGCUGCACCAAAGCACGGUUGCAGGCAAGAUUUGAUUGAUUUGAAGAAAGAUUUUGAAGUUCCCUACUUAUGUCUUCAAGAGGAAAAGCCUGAUUGCCCCGGAAUGAUUGAUAUGAAGAGUGAAUCUUUGGCCCAAGAAAACAUUCAAAAGCUGAUUGAUGUGCUCCAUCCCCAGUUGAAGCAAACACUAUUGGACUGUAUAAGAAAGAAAAAUCUUUUGGAUCUUGUAUCUGGACAAGAAAGUAACCCUAAGAUUUCGUACACCAAAUAUCUUGAGUCCUUAUUGCUCAGACAUGAUGCUUUUAGAAGGAAUUCGGCUGCACAGAGCAAUGCAGAUAUACAUACAUCAAGCCAAGCUGCUGCCCCUGGGCUGUCUACUUUAUCACCUUCUAGCAAACCUUUUAGAGAUCCUAAAUCACAUCGACUAGCUGCACAUAAAAAAAAUUCAAUUCCUACACCACAAGAUUCAAGUUCAGGGACUUCAGCAGAUGAUUACUAUUCUGAUUCUAGUUCAAAUGUACAGGAAACGGUGGAGGACAGUGACCGUAAAAUUAUAGUUGCUGUUGUUGUAACUGCAGUGGUGACAUUUGUUGCUGCAGCAUUGCUCUUGUGCUGUAUCAUUCAUUCUACAGAUAAGCGAAAUGAUGAAAAGCCCCUUCUCAGCUUAAGCUUAAGUGACUACUCUGGCUCUUCUUAUGCAUCUUAUGCUUUUGGAAAUUCUAUUAAAGAAGAGAAGCUUAGUCAUCAAUCAUUGGGAAACUUGAGCCGUAAUCCAUCUUUAGGUAGCAAUAUUUGCAUUGAAUCUGAUGCUGCUGCUGCUAAAUCAUCAACUGAUUCCUUUGAUAAAUCCAGCAAUAUAAAUGCACCACUACCACCUCCUCCUGGCAGAGAUGUUCCCCUCACUCCCGAACCACCUGCCCCCAUCAGAGCUCAUCCUCCUCCUCAGCCUCCUAUACCUCCUCCAAAAUCCUCUGCUGCCACUGCAGGCCCUCCACCUCCUGGACCUCCUCCUCCACCACCUAUACCUGCUAGCAGCAAAUCUGGUCCUCGUCCACCAUCCCCUCCAGGAAAUGAGCUACCUGCUGAUCUCCUUCAAACUUUCUUGAAGAUGGCACCUAGAGCAGAUGAAGAACUCAAACUUAGACUGUUUGCUGGUGAACUUUCUCAACUUGGGCCUGCUGAUCGAUUUAUGAAAAACCUGUCCUUUCAAACCUUACAGGUUGCUUGCAAAGAACUCAGAAGUAGUCGCUUGUUCCUCAAGCUUUUAGAAGCUGUUCUUAAAACUGGAAAUAGGAUGAAUGAUGGAACAUUGCGUGGGGAUGCACAAGCUUUCAAACUUGACACGCUUUUAAAAUUAUCAGAUGUAAAAGGAAAAGAUGGCAAGACAACACUCUUGCACUUUGUUGUACAAGAAAUAAUACGUACUGAAGGUGUGAGGGCUGCCCGUACUGCAAAAGAGAGCAAAAGUUUCGACAGCAUCAAAACAGAGGAUCUUCUUCAGGAAGUUACUGAUGACACAGAGGAUCACUAUGGCAGUAUUGGUCUUCAGGUGGUAUCAGGUUUGAGUGGUGAUCUUGUAAACGUCAAGAAAGCAGCAGCUAUAGAUGCUGACAACUUGACAGGGACAGUUUCCAAACUUGGUGAUCAACUCAUAAAAGCAUGCGAUUUUCUAAACUCUGAGAUGAAGAGUGCAGAGGAAGAAAGUGGGUUUCAUGAAUCAUUAAAUAGUUUUGUGCAGAGUGCUGAGGGUGAUAUCAUGUCAUUGCUGGAAGAAGAAAAGAGAAUAAUGGCUUUGGUGAAGAGCACUGGUGAUUAUUUCCAUGGGAAGGCAGGGAAGGAUGACGGCUUACACUUGUUUACUGUAGUGAGUGACUUCUUGAUAAUAUUGGAUAACGUGUGCAAAGGGAUAGGAGAGGAACCAAAAAAGCCAACACAAGCACUUAAAAAACAGACGCCAUGCGAUGCCUCACCACUCUCCAAAUCUCGUUUUGCCCCUCCUUUUCCUGAUCCUUAUCAGAAGCUUUUUCCUGCUAUUGCAGAAAGAAAGAUGGAUAAUUCUGAUUCUAGUUCUAGCUCAGAUGACGAAAGUUGAUGGCAAUUUUAUUGCAAAAGGUAGUGCAAUUUGCAUUGGUGAUAAACUUUGUUCUGAACAUGACUGUCAUUUCUUAUUGAUGAUGUGAUCUCAGGUUCCUUAUUUCUUUUGAUCCCUACUGUGUUGAAAGUAGAAAAUGAAAUUCCUAGAGAUUAGAUGCCUCUUUUGGUUGACUAAAGGAGUUCAUCCAAAUGAUCAGAAGAAAAGGAACAAGAAAAUGGAGUUCAUACUUGAAUCCUAGAUUAUAGCAUAGCUAACAUCACCAUAGUAUGGUUGAGUAUAUCAAGAUCUGAGGAUUGUUGAGGAUUGGGUUCAAGGUUGAUAUUCAGUUUCUCUCUUUCUUACUCCGCCAGACCUAGACAGGCAGAUCUUUUUAUAUUUCCCCCUAACUUGUAAUUCUUUGUUGACAGUCUCUGGUGAUAUUCAUGACUUGAAAAUUGGAAUGUUUACCAAGGCAGUCUUGAAAUCAGAUGCCACACAUUCAUAAACUUUUUGACAGGAAGAAAAAUAUUUUGAUUCCAAUCAGCAUUGCAGCUUUUUAAGAAAGAUGACCUGAUCUG